AGCCGACUACGCCAGCUCUGACUGUAGGAGAGUCCAGGGGGUCCAGGAUGGCCGCGACAGGGUCUAGGAGGCCAAGAGUAUAAGCGGUGGGGCAUCAUGCAGGCGGAGCCGCGGCCGAUGAUGGGGGCCAGCGACGGGGUGACCCUUGGGCUGGAGGCGGGGCCUCCUGCUACCCCGGUGCCUGCCACUGCCACCGCGGGACAGAUCCCCGGGUCCUCAUCUGGACCCGAACCCAAGAGGAGGCAGCUUGGGACACUGCUCCAGCCCACGGUCAACAAGUUCUCCCUUCGCGUGUUCGGCAGCCACAAAGCAGUGGAAAUCGAGCAAGAGCGGGUCAAGUCAGCGGGGGCCUGGAUCAUCCACCCCUACAGCGACUUCCGGUUUUACUGGGACCUGAUCAUGCUCUUGCUGAUGGUGGGGAACCUCAUUGUGCUGCCCGUGGGCAUCACCUUCUUUAAAGAGGAGAACUCGCCACCUUGGAUCGUCUUCAACGUCCUCUCUGACACUUUUUUCCUGCUGGAUCUGGUGCUCAACUUCCGCACCGGCAUCGUGGUGGAGGAAGGCGCCGAGAUCCUGCUGGCCCCGCAGGCCAUCCGCACUCGCUACCUGCGCACGUGGUUCCUGGUUGACCUCAUCUCCUCUAUCCCUGUGGAUUACAUCUUCCUGGUGGUGGAGUUGGAGCCACGACUGGACGCCGAGGUCUACAAAACAGCGCGGGCCCUGCGCAUAGUGCGCUUCACCAAGAUCCUCAGCCUUCUACGGCUGCUCCGCCUCUCCCGCCUCAUCCGAUACAUACACCAGUGGGAGGAGAUCUUUCACAUGACCUACGACCUGGCCAGUGCUGUGGUUCGCAUCUUCAACCUCAUCGGGAUGAUGCUGCUGCUCUGUCACUGGGACGGCUGCCUGCAGUUCCUGGUCCCCAUGCUGCAGGACUUCCCUCCCGACUGCUGGGUCUCCAUCAACCACAUGGUGAACCACUCGUGGGGCCGCCAGUACUCCCACGCCCUGUUCAAGGCCAUGAGCCACAUGCUGUGCAUUGGCUACGGGCAGCAGGCACCUGUAGGCCUGCCUGAUGUCUGGCUCACCAUGCUCAGCAUGAUUGUGGGCGCCACCUGCUAUGCCAUGUUCAUUGGCCACGCCACUGCCCUCAUCCAGUCCCUGGACUCCUCCCGGCGUCAGUACCAGGAGAAGUACAAGCAGGUGGAGCAGUACAUGUCCUUCCACAAGCUGCCAGCUGACACACGUCAGCGCAUCCAUGAGUAUUAUGAGCACCGCUACCAGGGCAAGAUGUUCGAUGAGGAGAGCAUCCUUGGCGAGCUCAGUGAGCCACUUCGGGAGGAGAUCAUUAACUUCACCUGUAGGGGCCUGGUGGCCCACAUGCCGCUGUUCGCCCAUGCCGACCCCAGCUUCGUCACGGCGGUGCUCACCAAGCUGCGCUUUGAGGUCUUCCAGCCGGGGGACCUCGUGGUGCGUGAGGGCUCUGUGGGCAGGAAGAUGUACUUCAUCCAGCACGGGCUGCUCAGUGUGCUGGCACGUGGCGCCCGGGACACCCGCCUCACUGAUGGAUCCUACUUUGGGGAGAUCUGCCUCCUGACUCGGGGCCGGCGCACAGCCAGCGUGCGAGCCGACACCUACUGUCGCCUGUACUCACUCAGCGUGGACCAUUUCAAUGCUGUGCUCGAGGAGUUCCCCAUGAUGCGCCGGGCCUUCGAGACGGUGGCCCUGGAUCGACUGCACCGCAUUGGUAAGAAGAAUUCCAUACUGCAGCGGAAGCGCUCCGAGCCAAGUCCUGGCAGCAGUGGCGGCAUCAUGGAGCAGCACUUGGUGCAACAUGACAGGGAUAUGGCCCGGGGUGUUCAGGGCCUGGCCCCGGGCACAGGAGCACGGCUCAGCGGAAAACCAGUACUGUGGGAGCCACUGGUGCAUGCACCCCUGCAGGCAGCCGCUGUGACCUCCAAUGUGGCCAUUGCCCUAACUCACCAGCGGGGACCCCUGCCUCUCUCCCCAGACUCUCCAGCCACCCUCCUUGCUCGCUCUGCUCGAUGCUCAUCAGGCUCCCCAGCUUCUCCACUGGUGCCUGUCCGACCUGGCCCUCUGCUGGUCCGGGGGCCGUGGGCAUCCACCUCCCGCCUGCCUGCCCCACCUGCCAGAACUCUCCAUUCCAGCCUAUCCCAGGCUGGGCGCUCCCAGGUGUCCUUGCUGGGCCCCACCCCAGGAGGAGGUGGGCGGCGACUAGGACCUCGGGGCCGCCCACUCUCAGCCUCCCAACCCUCUCUGCCUCAGCGGGCAGUAGGUGAUGGCUCUCCUGGGCGUAAGGGCUCUGGAAGUGAGCGACUGGCCCCGUCAGGACUCCUCGCCAACCCUCUAGGGACAGCCCAGCCCCACAGGCCACCAGUGCCUGGGCCAGCCACCCCUAGAGGCCCCCAGCUCUCUGCCAACAUGUGAAACCCUUAGGUAAUUCCUUGGGUGCAGUAGUGUGUGCCUGAAGGCAGGUGCGUCUGGGGAAAGCCAAGGAUGCCCAAAACACUGCCCUGUGGGAACAUCUCCCCUUACUGCCAAGAAGAUAGUUUCUGUCCUCUCAGGCACCCUGCUGCCUCCUAACCCAUUCACCCAUUCAUCAGAUGUACUGAGCGCCUACCCUGUUCAAGGUACAGUGUUAGUACUGAGUCUCCACUGCCAAAUAGAAGAGACUCUAAGCACUCUGACGAAGGUGUUCCCCCAGCCGCGGUCCUGCCAGGUGCAGGCCUGGGCUUGUGAUUCCACCUUAUUAAGCACAAGUACUUGCCAUUGCCAUCACUGCCAAGGAACUAGAUGUCUGUUUCCCUGCCCGGGUCCGCAGGCUCCACCCGGAGCGUUUACCUCCCAGUCCUCCCAGCACAGCCAGCAAGUUGCCCGUGCCCACUGCUGUCAGAUGUUUGGGGUCCCCAGUGUGGGCACCGCCUUCACUGCCGCGUGUAGGCUCCUCCCCGUCUACAUCCCCUGAGUGGGAGGGAAUAUGACUCCUGCCAAGUCCCCUGCUCUCUCUGUCUCUGUGGUAGACUGUCUCUUUGUAAACUGGGAGCCACCUCCUCCCUGUGUCCCCGCCCUAGUGGUGUCCCCGCCCCAGCGGUGUCCCCCUUGAAGCUGAGGGAUGUUUGGCGCCUCCUCAUUUGGUGUGCCAGCCUAGACCCCCCCAGGAGAGGGGCAAGUGGCUAAAUCUUUAGAUGGCAUG